AUGUCUGUCGUUGGUAUUGAUUUCGGAAACUUGCAGUCGGUUAUCGCCGUCGCCAGAAACCGCGGUAUCGAUGUUAUCUGCAACGAAGUCUCCAACCGCUUCACUCCCUCGUUGGUUUCGUUCGGCCCUAAGCAGCGUUACCUCGGAGAGACCGCCAAGACUCAGGAGAUCUCCAACUUCAAGAACACCAUCUCGUCCUUGAAGCGCAUUAUCGGACGCACUUUCGCUGACAAGGAGGUUCAGGAGAUCGAGAAGCAGUACUUGACCGCCCCUCUCGUUGAUGUCAACGGUCAGCUCUCCGUCAAGGUCAACUACAAGGGCGAGGAGGCGACCUUCACCACCACCCAGAUCUUUGCCAUGUACCUCACCAAGAUGAGGGAGAUUGCUGCCAGCGAGACCAAGAUGCCCGUCUCGGACUGCGUCAUUGCCAUCCCCUCCUGGUUCACCGAUGUCCAGCGCCGCGCUGUUCUCGAUGCCUCCGAGAUCGCUGGCUUGAACGUCCUCCGCCUCAUCAACGACUCGACCGCCGUCGCUCUCGGUUACGGUAUCACCAAGACGGACUUGCCCGAGGACAAGCCCCGCAACGUCUGCUUUGUCGAUGUCGGUCACUCGUCCUACACCGUUUCGGUCGUCUCCUUCAUCAAGGGUCAGCUCACCGUCAAGUCCCGUGCCUUUGACAGACACUUUGGUGGUCGUGACUUUGACCGCAUGUUGGUCGACCACUUUGCUGCCGAGUUCAAGACCAAGUACGGUAUCGAUGUCAAGUCCAACGGCAAGGCUUUGAUCCGUCUCAUGGCCGGAUGCGAGAAGCUCAAGAAGAUUCUCUCUGCCAACGCCCAGGCUCCCCUUAACAUCGAGUCGAUCAUGGAGGAUCGCGAUGUUGCUUCGAUGAUGAAGCGUGCCGAGUUUGAGGAGCUCGCCCAGGAGUUGAUCUCCCGCGUUGAGGCCCCUCUCCAGAAGGCUUUGGAUGAUGCCGGUUUGACCGUCGAUGAGAUUGAUGCCGUCGAGAUUGUCGGAGGUUCUACCCGUAUCCCCGCCCUCAAGGAGCGCAUCCAGGCUUUCUUCAAGAAGGACAUCUCUGCCACCUUGAACCAGGAUGAGGCCAUUGCCCGUGGUGCCGCCCUCCAGUGUGCCAUCUUGUCACCCGCCUUCAAGGUCCGUGACUUCACUGUCCAGGAUAUCACCAACUACCCCAUCAAGAUGACCUGGCAGCCUACCCCCGAGGAGGAGGAUACCGAGCUCGUCGUCUUCAACAAGAACAACGCCAUCCCUUCGACUAAGAUCUUGACCUUCUACCGCUCUGCCCCCUUCGAUCUCGAGGCCCAGUACGCCGAGCCCGAGUCGAUCCCCGCCGGUAUCAACCCCUGGAUCGCCCGCUUCUCCAUCAAGGGUGUCGAACCCGUCAACGGUGAGGCUGCCUGCGUCAAGGUCAAGGCCAGAGUCAACAUCCAUGGUGUCCUCACCGUCGAGUCCGCCUACGUUGUUGAGGAGGUCGUCAAGGAGGAGCAGGUCGAGGAGUCCAAGACUGAGGCCGCCCCCGCUGAGGGUGAAGAAGCCGCUGCUGAGGCUCCCUCGACCCGCAAGGUCAAGAAGCUGGUCAAGAAGGGUGACCUCACUGUUGUCAGCGCCACCUCAUCCUUGGACCGUGCCCUCGUCAGCGAGUUGCGCGAGAAGGAGAUGGAGAUGAUCGCCUCCGACAAGUUGGUCGUUGAUACCGAGAUGGCCAAGAACACUUUGGAGGAGUACAUCUACGACACCCGCGCCAAGGUCGAUGGUGUCUACAAGGACUUCAUCAACCCCGCUGACAAGGAGAAGUUCGUCGCCGAUUUGAACGAUGCCGAGAACUGGUUGUACGAAGAGGGUGACGAGACCACCAAGUCUGUCUACGCCGCCAAGUUGGGCGAGCUCCACGUUGUUGGCAAGCCCGUCACUGAGCGUUACCGCGAAGUCGAGGCCCGUGCCAACGCCGCCCGCGAGCUCCGCGAGUCGAUCAACCACUUGAUGGCCCAGGCCACCAGCUCUGAGGAGAAGUACGCCCACAUCCCCGAGGCCGAGAAGAACUCGAUCAUCGAGAAGUGCUCCAAGGCCCAGACCUGGAUCGAGAACAAGCUCGAGCGCCAGUCGAUGAUGAAGAAGUACGAGACCCCUGCCUUCACAUCUGCCGAGGUCCGCAAGCAGCGCGAUGAUAUCGUCUACUUUGCCACCCCCAUCUUGAACAAGCCCAAGCCCAAGCCCGUUGUUGUCGAGACCCCCGUCGAGACCCCUGCUUCUGAGGAGAAGGCCGAGUCCAAGGAGGAGACCAAGCACGACGAGUCCAAGGAUAUGGAUAUUGAUUAA